CUCUCUGCCGCACUGUGCAUCCUUCCUAUGUGUGUGAGUGUUGUGCAUUGUACGCCUGGCUGUGUGUGUCUGUGUAAUGUGAGUGUGAGCAGGGUCACCACCCAGCCACCAGCGAGGGUGUAGCUGCAGGCUCUAGGACCAGGCGGAGGGUGUGUGCUGGGGGAGGAGGUGCAGGGGCUGCAGCAGCACUUCUAGUAUUUGGGAGGCUGCAUAGAAGAAUCCGUUAUAUGCCAUCAUAUAGGCACUGGGUGCGCUCUCUCCAACACCGGCUCUCCCUUAUGGGAUACCUUGCUAGGAGCAGCCCCCAGCCGCAGCAUGCAGCCUGACUGUGCCGGGACCAGAGUGUGCCGACACUUCUGAGGAAGGAGACAGCUGCCUAUUACCUGGGUGCUGCCUAUUACCUGGGUGCUGCUACUGAGGCAUGCUUACUGGGGCUGGCACAUCACCCACAGCUGUAUAGGAUGGGCUGAUAAGGACAGCAUGCCCCUCAUGAUGCUUGGCUGGAGGGCACCUAGUUGCCCGUUAGUGGUGCUGUUCCUCCUCUCCCUCAUACCAUGGACCCAGAGCUGUCCUGUACUCAUCCACAGCUGCAAAUGUGUCGUGGAGCGCUCCAAGCCCGGAGUGGGCACUGCCACUGCUCCAAGGAAGAAAGUAAUCUGCACCAACGAGGAUCUGCUGGAGGUUCCUGACCCUGCUCUGCUGCCCAACAAGACCACCACCCUGAUUCUCAGCAAUAACAAGAUAACUGUACUGAAGAAUGGCUCAUUUUAUGGCCUGCAGGACUUGGAGAAGUUAGAUUUGAAGAACAACCUGAUCAGUAGAAUGGAACCUGGAUCAUUUUUGGGACUAACAGAGUUAAAACGCCUAGACAUAUCCAACAACAGAAUUGGCUGUGUGAUUCCUGAUGUCUUUCAGGGCCUGAGCAGUCUAACCCGCCUCACCAUGUCUGGAAACAUCUUCUCUAGCCUCAGCCCUGGGGUUUUUGAUGAGCUCCCUUCCCUGAAACUUGUGGACUUUUCUACAGAGUUCCUGACCUGUGACUGUGACCUGCGAUGGGUGGCUGCUUGGACCAAGAAUGGCUCUGUUCAAAUUUCUGACAGGACAUUGUGUGCAUAUCCAAGUACCCUUAGAGAUCAGUCUUUGCGGAACCUGAGAGAAAGCCAGCUAACUUGUGAGGGGACCCCAGAACUUCACACACAUCAGCUCAUCCCAUCAUUGCGGCAAGUUGUAUUUCAGGGUGACCGAAUACCUAUCCAGUGUACGGCAAGUUACUUGGGCAAUAGCAGUCAAAUCAUCUGGUACCACAACGGGAAGCAAGUGGAGGAAGAUGAAGAACAGGGCAUUAUACUGGAGGAAACAAUCAUACACGACUGCACCUUCAUUACCAGCGCUCUCAUCCUCUCCAACAUCUUGCUGUCUGCGAAUGGAGAGUGGGAGUGUAGCGUGUCAACCAAGCAGGGAACCAUCAGCAAGAAGGUGGAACUGGUGGUUUUGGAGACAUCUGCAUCCUACUGUCCUGCUGACAGGGUGACCAACAACAGAGGCGACUUCAGGUGGCCACGCACAUUGGCUGGUAUUACCUCCUAUCAGCCCUGCUUGCAGUAUCCCUUCACAUCUAUGGCACUGAAUGGCAUCGGGCAGGAGAAAAAGGCUUCUCGUCGCUGUGACCGAUCAGGACAUUGGGAGGAAGGCGACUAUUCCAACUGCCUGUACACCAACGAUAUCACCAGGGUGCUGUUCACCUUUGUGCUGAUGCCAAUCAAUGCAUCUAAUGUGCUGACGCUGGCGCACCAACUGCGGAUGUACACUGCGGAGGCAGCCAACUUCUCUGACAUGAUGGACGUUAUCUACGUGGCCCAAAUGAUGGAGAAAUUUGUUGCUUUGGAUGACCAUGUAAAAGAUCUCGCAGACAUCAUGAUAGAGAUGGCCAGUAACAUGAUGUUGGUAGAUGACCAUAUCCUGUGGAUGGCCCAGGUGGAAGACAAAGCCUGCAGCAGCAUUGUCCAAACAGUGGAGAAGAUUGCAGGCCUGACGCUCAGCAGCAACUCUCAAGACCUGUCUGUGAGCACGCGGAACAUUGCACUGGAGGCUUUUCUCAUCAAGCCCAACAGCUUUGUAGGUCUCGGCUGCACGGCCUUCCAGAGAAGAGAGGGGGGGCGAGGGGGCCACAAGCAGGAGAGAGACAGGAAAGAGCAAGACAUCAGCGCGCCUACUGAUCAGAGGCUAAAGUUCCGCUGCACUACGGGACAGACCAACGUUUCCUUGCCCAACUUUCAUGUCAAGAACAGCCUCGCCUUGUCCUCUGUCCACCUCCCUCAGAGCCUCUUUGCUUCCUCCUCCUCUCAAACCUGUAAACUACAAGUGCUGGCCUUUAGGAAUGGAAAGCUGUUCAGGAGUGUUGGAAACUCCUCUCGCCUGGCAGAAGACGGGAAAAGGCGCAGCGUCUCUACUCCUGUCAUAUAUGUUGGAACGCGAGGUUGCGGCAUCAGUAACCUCAGCGAUCCAGUCAUGGUAACUUUCCGACACCUGGUAAAAGGAUCCAACCCACUACCUGCACAUUGGAACUUUAAAGCCCUGGAGGGGUAUGGAGGCUGGAGCUCAGAGGGCUGCCAACUUGUGUCAGAGGAACCAAAUAUAACCAGCAUGCAGUGCUGGCAGCUCAGCAAUUUCGCCAUCCUGACGGAGUUAAACACUUUCCCACAGUCCACUCAGAAUGGCACAGAGGUCCUCCACCCGGUCAUCUACACCUGUACAGCGAUCCUUCUGUUGUGCCUCUUCACCACCAUUAUCACAUACAUUGUCAAUCACAGCUCCAUUCAGAUCUCCCGGAAGGGCUGGCACAUGCUGCUUAAUGUCUGCUUCCACAUUGCCAUGACAUCAGCUGUGUUUGCGGGAAGAAUUACUCUGACUGGAUACGUCGUUGUGUGCCACGCUGUCAGCAUCAUUCUGCAUUAUUCUUCCUUGUCCACCCUUCUCUGGAUGGGUCUGAAGGCCAGAGUUAUCUACAAGGAGUUGACCCACAAGCCUCAACCACAGCAGGAAGGAGAAGCUGUCCAACCUCCCCAUAGACCUAUGCUCAGGUUUUAUCUGAUAGCCGGAGGAAUUCCUCUAAUCAUCUGCGGGAUCACUGCAGCUGUGAACAUCAACAACCACAGGGACAACAGCCCAUCCUGCUGUUUGGUAUGGAGGCCAAGUCUGGGUGCUUUCUAUGUUCCAGCUGGUCUUAUCCUACUUGUCACUUGGAUAUAUCUCUUGUGUGCUGGGAUAAAUUUGAAACGCCAGCCAACGGAGCAAAAGGAUCUUGCAGAGGCUAAUGAAGCCCAGCAGCCACAUGGUGGAAUAAGUCAUCUCCUAAGUGAUUCAACUUCCAUAUCAGUCACCACUAACUCAGCCGCCCCAGCAGAUGUUGAUAUGGUCUACUCCCUGGGAGUACAGUUCUGGUCUCUGGUCAUUGUCCAUGUUUUGUACAUUGUACUCUGGAUUUUUGGGGCCUUUGCUGUGUCACAAGAAUGGUAUUUAAAUGUGAUCUUCAGUUGUCUCUAUGGGGUAACAGCAGUGGCCCUAGGGCUGUUCAUCUUUAUUCACCAUUGUGUAAGACGUCAAGAUGUCCAACGUUCUUGGUUUGCUUGUUGCCCAUCUUACACAGAGGAUUUGCCGAUUCAGGCAUAUGUGCACACCAGUUCUCCUGUAGAUGACUCACCUCAGGUCUACAUUGGGUGUAACCCUGAGGUGGAGAACUCAGGAAAGUCUUCGUCAUCACCCAGCAGCAGCAGUCACUCUAAUACUGGACCUUGCAAAAUCACUAAUCUGCAGGUUGCCCAGAAUCAGGCAGAGAGCUGCCCACCAAAGCCACCGAGCUGUGAAGAUAGUGAACCUACCAACAACAAAUAUGUGACUGUCCCGAGUCGGUACAUGAACAACCUGCAUGGUCGCAGAAACCAUAAAAGCAGAACUAAGCAGUAUCGGGAAGGGAAGCACCACAGAUUAAAGGUGCUGAGGGGUCCUUCCUCUGACCUGCCCUCCAGUGAAAGUGGCAGUGUCCACAACAGCCACUCAGAAAGCUAUCAUAGCAAAAAUAGCCCUUUGAACAAUGGCAGGACAGGGGUGGCAACUAGGGACCCCGAGGGGGCACUGACCCAUUCUGAAGGGAGUGACAGCAGUGGGCACCAGGCACAGGACUUUGCCAAAGCGCAGAGGAAAAGUGCCAGUCGGGACAAUCUUAAGCAAGCCAACAGCAUGGAAAGGGAGACCAAGCGUAGAUCCUAUCCACUGAACACUGGCAACCAGAAUGGUGUAAUAAAGGGUAGCAAAUAUGACAUCAAUCUCGCGACUGCAGAGAGUGCCACAGCUAUGAAGACAGGCCUCUGGAAGAGUGAAACUACUGUGUAGUUUUCAGGUUAACUAAAAACAGCAUGUGCCUUAACCGUUAUAGAUUAUGGUGACCAAGAUGCCAGCACAUGCCAGGAGAAAGUGCUCUCCCGACUCAAAUUUUAUUAUCACAGAUUGGUUGGUGGAAACAGCUGGAACCUCCGGGAAUGUACAGUAUAUGCCAAAGUGUGUUAUGUGGCUCAUGGUUAUGUAUACACAUCUGUUUGAAGCAUAAGGAUUGCAGGAUAGUGCAAACGCUUUGUACGAGGAUUAGUGUUAUGAAAAGUGUGUCUCUAGGGAUAGCAAAUAAUAUUUUGUUAUACAAGGAAGAUCAAAAGUAUGAAGAAGCUCCGUGGAUUGAUUUGUCAUGCGAUUCCUAAUGUGGACAAUACCUCCAGGCUGCUUUAGCAUUGUGUACAAAAGUUCCUGUGUCAUCUAUAAAACAUGUGAGAGGAGUCUAAUUCUUAUAGCAUUCCCGAUGACCCGAACUAAAGUUCUGAUGAACACUUGUAGCAAUAGAUAGCUGUCAGCUCAAAGGGCCAGCUUCAUUCCUUAAAUCAAGUGACUGAAAGCAUCUCGGUUUGUCUUGUGUCAGACAUGUGCCUUAUAAGCUUCUCUUUUUAUUUCUCAUUAAGCACUUUUUUCUUUUUCUUUUUUAAAGGAAUUUCUAUUCCAAGGCAUCCUUGGGAUGGUGCACUUAUAUAUAGAGCCUGCCAUUCCACUCUCACGUCAUCGCACCUCUCUGUAGAUUUUCCACCAUUCCUAGAACAAAUGUUAUACAGAUUCUAGUCCAUUCCUGGUGGAAUAUCAAUGACCAGUGGAUCUUUAUUUCUGCUACAGCCCCAUGCAGCCUUCUGAUGGGAUUUAAAAGUGCAGAACCAGUGCCUAAAUAAGGACUCAAGGAAAACAAUCAAAAGUAUAUAGACAUUGUUAUUGCCUGCUGCAAUUACCAAAAAAAAAAAAAAGACUAUUACCUAAGUCGUGUUUGGAAGGCAUUUGGGUAAUUACAGUAGAACUUGUUCUUUUGUUUCAUAUUACGUCACUCGCAGCAGACCAUGAAAAUUACUUCUGCAUGUUAUUUGUGUAAACCAUUAUUUUCAGAGGGAAAUGUUUAUUUUUCAAAUACAGAAAUAUAUUAUAUAUAUAUAUUGUAUAGACAGAUCAGGGCCGCUUUUGAAGACCUGUGUAAAUUUCGAUAACCGUAUUAAUAGGCGUGUCAACACGUGAAAAUGCAAACUUUUGUAAUCCUUAUAAAAUAAGAAAGUAAUGUUAUACAAAGUAUUGCAGAAAGAUGAUCAUGAGAAGACAUCUGAUCAGGUAAUGUGAAUAGUUUGUCGAUUACUAGUAAUUAUAGUAGAUGGUGGGUGGGCUGGGUAAAAGUGCCUUUUUAUAUUCAAGAUCAAGCUAUACCAAAGAUGUGGAUUUCUACAGGGACAUAUCUAUAUAGUCUCAAUUGUGCCAAAUGCUUUUAUCUAAAUGUUUUAUAAAUUCAAAAGUGAAGCUCCUAUGCGAGAUUGGAAGCCGACCAAUAAACAGUGUGGUAGAUCUA